CACCAACAGAAACUCACCGCGAGAGAGAAUGGGCAAGAAACAGAAGCGAGGCAGCAAGCAAAGCAUCGUUCCACACAGAGAGGCCUUUAUGCGGAUGAACUUUCUUUUCCAGGCGUCCCUGGCCGUGCUCUCGGCGAACCCUUCCCAUCCGCAGCUAUCGAGGUUCUACGUCCACACCAUGAAGAAUGUUGGCAAGAGACUCGUUCUUAGAAUGGACCCUGGCAUGAAAAGAAUGCUGUGCAAAGGUUGCGAUAGUCUACUUGUUCCAGGAGUCACGGCAACACACCGAGUGAGAGGUAUAUACGUCUUAACUCCCUUACCCACUAGGUGGGAUCUACAAUAUUACCCUUGUUGCAGCUCAUCGUGAGACACAUGUGGUGGUGAAGUGCCUGACUUGUGGGAACGUGAAGAGAUUUCCGACUAGACCGGACUACCAGUUGUGGUCUGACAACCCCGCCAACGUGGCACAACCACAGACCACUGGAGAGCCACCACCAACCCCUGCCACUAGUGGACAAACAACUGCCACUUUAGACCAUUCACGAGCACAGACGCCCACACAUCCAUCCACUAGUAAAUCACCACCAACUACCACUGUCGACAAAAAUUCAGCUACAGAUCCAUAAACAUAAUCAUCCACAAAAAUGAUACUAUGUACAAAUUUUUUAAUAAGGAUAAAACAAG